AUAAUGAAAAUAAAAUAAAUUUUUGCAGAGGUGGGCUACUAUCAGAAAAAAACAGGGCAACUUGAAAGUGGGAACCAGUUCGGUACUUUCUGAGACUCAGCUGGCUGCGGCGCACAGAGCAGUGUCCCUUGCCCUAGAUAUGCCCUUGGGUGAUAAUUUGAAGGCAGCAAAAAGUACGGGUGGAAAGUUGGCUGUAUCUCUCGUCAAACAAAGUGGUACAGCAUCAAAUAGCACUUCAGGCAACUCCUCACAUCCUGCUUUUGUUGAAACAUCAUCCGUUGGUGUACCUUCAUUGAAAAGAUUAUCAACAAAUCCUACUCAAACCUCAGGUUCAAUGGUUGAAGCUGCUGCAGUUGCUGCUGGGGCUCGCAUAGUUAAACCUUCUGUUGCUUCUUCGCAAGUUGAGGCUCCACGUUCUCAGAAUGCUGUUCAUACCAUUUCUGGAGGAGGCUCUACGAUAAAAUCCUUAACUACUGGUCUCUCGAAUCAACUGCCAAGUAAUGUGCAUUUUAUUCGAAAUGGCCUGGCAAAGGCGCCAAUCACCAAUCACUCCCCGACUAUGACAAAAGCCUCUAAACCUGGUGACGCUCGGCAAGCACAAGUUCCAACUGCCGGAAUUGCAGGAACUGUAGCUGAAGCAACUGUUUCUAGCUCGGAAAAUGUCCAGAAAGACGAAGCUGCUCUUGCUUCAAGAGAGGAAAUUCUUGAAUCUCGAGUUGCUUUGGUGGGCAACCAAUCGGAAGAGAAAGUAGAAGAAAAUCAAGCUUCUUUUUCAGGCAAUGCAUCAAAAGAGAACAGUAUAGCAAAUGGAGCUUCUAUUCCCUCCAAGGAUCCAAUCGGACCAACUACAGAUAAUUGAUUUGCUUUAGCAAGUUCGGAUGUAAAAAAUGGUGGUAAUUUCAAAUGUGAAUCAUGCUACAAUUUUGUUCAGUGUAUUAGCAGCCUUGACCUGUGAAGCAAGGGAUGGUCCCCCCAUGAUGGAGUGCAAGUGUCCGAGAUGUAUUGGACAUCGAUACUUCUCAAAGACAUCCGGAAUCUACAUGCUAGUCGUGUCCGGUUUAUUAAUUUCUGAGUCCGAUAUCUGAUCGAUUUGUAAAUUUUGAAAAUAAAAAUUAGGGCAAGUUUACAUUAUUACUGUGCUGAGGCAAUGUGUGUAUUUUCAUCUGAUGGUGCCAAUUAGCAAUUGCCCAAAAAUCAUUCUACUUUCCUUGAAUGGAUUCAUUUAUGUAAUCGUAGUGAUGUGAUUUUACAGAACUUUGUACUGUAAUA